AUGUUCCUGGGAGACGCCAAGGACGCGCACGUCGUGCCCUUCUUCAUCAACGGCAAAGACUACCACCCGGAGCGGUCAUUCGACGUCGUCUCCCCCGUCACCGGCAAGGUCUCCCAUCGAUGCGGUGCAGCCACCGUCUCGGACGCCGAUGCGGCCGUUGAUGCGGCGGCGGCGGCCUUCAAGACAUGGCGAAGGACGACACCUGCGUUUCGCCGUGACGUGUUCUUCAAGGCCGCCGACUUGAUCCAGCAGAAGAGCGGCGAGCUGGCCGACAUCAUGGCGAACGAGACGGGGGCCACCCUUCCCUGGGCUCUCUUCAACCUCAAGACGGCGGGCGAGCUGAUUCGGGACGCUGCCAGCCGCAUCUCUGCCAUUGAAGGGUCGUUCCCAUCCCUGGCAGAUCCCAGCAGCAGUGGCAUCGUGCUGCGAGAGCCUUAUGGCGUUGUCUUGUCUAUCGCUCCAUGGAACGCUCCCUACAUCCUACCCACCCGCGCCAUUGUCGGCCCUGCUGCCGCCGGCAACACCGUCGUCUUGAAAGCCUCAGAGCACGCCCCCGCGUGCAUGAGGGCUCUCGUGUCCGUCUUCCACGAGGCGGGAGUGCCCAGCGGCGUCAUGAACAUGAUUGCCCACGACCGCGACUCCGCAGCCGAGAUCACCACGGCGCUCAUCGCCAACCCCCACGUCAGAAAGGUCAACUUCACGGGCAGCACCGGCGUCGGGCGCGUCAUCGGGAGGCUCGCAGGCGAGCACCUCAAGCCCGUCAUCCUGGAGCUCGGCGGCAAGGCGCCGGCCAUUGUGUGGGAGGACGCGGACCUGGACCUGGCGGCCCAGCAGUGCGCCAUCGGCGCGUUCCUCCACGGCGGCCAGAUCUGCAUGUCGACGGAGAAGAUCAUUGUCCACAACAAGGUCAAGGCCGAGUUCCAGCAGAAAUUCGUCGCCGCCGUCAACGAAAUCUUCCCGCGCGACGGCCCCGCCCCGACGCUCAUCAACGAAGCGGCCGUCCAGCGCAACAAGGCCCUCGUCGCAGACGCCACGUCCAAGGGCGCCAACGUGAUCCUCGGCGACGCCGACGCCGACGCCAACGAGGCCCGCGCCGCGCAACUGCGCCCCGUCGUCGUCGGCAGCGUGACGCCCGACAUGGACCUCUACGCCACCGAGUCCUUUGGCCCGACCGUCUCCCUCUACGAGGUCGACACGGAGGCGCAGGCCCUGCAGCUCGCCAACGACUCCGAGUACGGCCUGACGGCGGCCGUCUUCACCGAGGACCUGAGGAGGGGCCUGCGUUUCGCCAGGGAGAUUGACACCGGCGCCGUGCACAUCAACAGCAUGACGGUGCACGACGAGCCGGCCCUGCCGCACGGGGGCACCAAGGCGAGUGGGUUUGGGCGGUUCAAUGCGGCGAUUGGGCUGGAGGAGUGGGUGAGGACCAAGACGGUGACUUUCAAGCACUAGAUGGCGGAUUUUCCCAAAACAGAGACCAAGGAAGUGUUCAUCUCGGUGCACAAGACAUGAUUAUUUCCCAUGUAGUCUUGGUAUAUACACGGUUUUCUGAUCCAUUGACUAUGACAAAUUUGCUGGCACUCGCAAGUAAAUCUAUACAUCUAAUACUAAGCCCGAGAGGCUCAAUCAAAGAAAAAAAAAAGGAAACUGUCUUGAAUAUAGUGAGGAAAAAGAAGGGUAUCAGAACACUCAAGCACGCGCAAAGCAUUGCCAUAUCGCAAAGGGAAGAGGAGGUAUGAAAGAGAGGAGGCAAGACUGGCUGUCAGAAAGCUAGUGCAAACAAAUGACAGAAUUUCGAACAGACCCGAAUCGUGAAACAAGAGAUAUCCUCUACUUGCUGCUGCUUCUGUCUCUCUCUGUCUCUCUCACUCUCUCACUCUCGCACACAUGCCCCCUCCUCAACUG